GGGAGCAGGGAGGGAGUGGGACAGGGGUGGGGGCCGGGUGCAGUGCUCAGGGUGGCCCCGUGCCUGUCCCCACAUCCCAGCCCAAAGCGUCCCAUGCAGCCGCUGCCUGGCAGUCAGAGCUCGGCCCCAGGGCCCUCCGAGCCCACGGUUGCUGAGAUCAAAGCCGUCGUGGUUGGGGAUGGGGGCUGCGGGAAGACAUCUCUGCUGAUGGUCUUUGCCAGAGGGGACUUCCCCAAGGUCUACGUACCCACAGUGUUUGAGAAGUACACGGCCUCCUUCCGGAUCAGCGGCAAGCCCGCCAAGAUCCACCUCUGGGACACGGCAGGGCAGGAGGACUAUGAUCGGCUGCGACCACUCUCUUACCAGAACACCAACGUAGUGCUCAUUUGCUUCGAUGUCACCAGCCGCAGCAGCUACGACAACAUCCUAACGAAGUGGUACCCGGAGGUCAACCACUUCUGCAAGGAUGUCCCGGUGCUGCUGGUGGGCUGCAAGACCGACCUGCGGCAGGGCCACCAUCAGCCCGUCACCUUCCAGGAGGGGGAGGCCAUGGCCCGGCAGGUGCAGGCUGCAGCUUACUUGGAGUGCUCAGCGCUGCAGCAGGACAACGUCAGGGAUGUCUUCAUUAAGGUCUGCACCAUUGCGCUCCGUGGCACCCGCCGGCCCCGCCGCAAGAACUGGCCCCGCAAUGGAUGUGUGCUCUGCUGAAUGCCAGCACUGCGGGGCUGGCACCAGGGCAGCACCACUUCGUGGGCCAAUGGCAUCUCCUGGGGGCUGGGAACCGACUUGGGGACCCCCGAGCCCUGCUGGACAGGGCAGGUGCAUCCCCAUGCAGCAGCAGUGUGGGCUGGUAUUAAAGUUCAGAGAUGAUCG